UAUUACAGUGCAAAAAUGCAAGUAUGUGAGUAUACCCCGAGGUUGUCCUCUCUAUUGACCGAACAGCCUCUAGCAAACCUCACCCUAGCCCCCAGCUAGUCUCUGGCCUCCUAUUGGAUCCUCUAUCCGGCCUCUAGCGCUGUAUAUCUGUCCUCGAGGCCAGGUAUUGGUGGGAUAUCCCGGCCUCAAGGAGGGGAAUCCUCCAGCCUCAAGGUAAACGGUCACCCAAGAGGCUGUUUAACCUGGCUCUAGGGUAAGAAAGGCCGGAGGCCAGCUUGAGCAGCCUCUAGCAACGUCUUGGCCUCUUAAAGAUAUUAGUGUGCAGUGUGAAGAGUACAGGAGGAAGAGGAUAUUUCUAGAUGGAUAGCUCGGCAAUGUGGGCUUUCGGAAAUCGAUAUCACCAGGAUCGUCUGAGUGGAUCGUCAGGAUUGGGAGGGUUAGGAGGGAUCCCCGGAGGAUCAAGAGAGUUUCAACCUCCAUACUUUCCUCCACCCUUCUCCCAGGGAGGAGCAGAGAUGUUUAAUCAUCAACCCGAACCAUACUCCAAUAUCCAUUUUCACCAGGGAGGGAAUUCUCAUGGAAGUUUUGGAUAUGAGAUGAGACGAGAUCCUUACAGGCAGGAUACUGAGAUCAGUCCGUACAACGAGCAACUACAGAUUUCUGGAAUGGAUUCAAACUUCAUGGAUGUGCCAUUCUCAAUCAAAAAAGAACUUGGAUUCCGUUCAAGGGAUUGGAAUCAGAAAUAUGAACUUCUCCGACCCUCCAACAACGAUAUUUUCUGCAGUGUUCCGGGUAGGCUCUCCCUCCUCUCCUCAACCUCUAAGUACAAGGUCACCAUAGCUGAGGUUCAGAGAAGACUCUCUCCUCCGGAGUGUCUCAAUGCGUCCCUGCUGGGAGGAGUUCUCCGACGAGCCAAGUCUAAGAAUGGGGGAAAACUGUUGAGAGACAAGCUGGACAGAUUAGGAUUAAACCUUCCUGCUGGCAGAAGGAAGGCUUGUAACGUGACCCUGCUGACAUCCCUGGUGGAGGGGGAGGCGAUCCACCUGGCCAGGGACUUCGGGUACGUGUGUGAGACAGAGUUCCCAGCCCGGCAGGUUGCGGAGUAUCUCUCUAGCCGUAGCUCUGAUCCAUACAGAAGAAAAGAUUUAGUUAUUGCAGCAAAAUACAUCUGCAAGGAGUUGAUGGACCUGUUGAACCAGGAUAGAUCUCCUCUCUGCAACACCAGACCCCAACCUAUCCUAGAUCCUAGUAUACAGAGACAUCUAACCCAUUUCUCCAUGAUUACACACGGGUUCGGUUCUCCAGCAAUACUUGCAGCAAUGACAGCCAUUCAGAAUUGUUUAAAUGAGAGUAUCAAAGAAACUGAAAGAUCUUACUCUGGACCUGGAUUUGAUAAGUCACAGAUACCGUCGCAUUCUACCCUUCAACCCAAACAGAUGAAUAAACCUUUAAAUUCUCUAUCAUUCAAUAAAAAAUAAUAAUUAAAAUGAUAUUUAACUGUAACAUUAUUGCUGUUGUAAAUACAUACUUAUUAGUGAUUA